AAAGGAAAGAAGUAGGUAGGAUGCGGAAGACUGACUCUUGAGCUGCGUUUGAUUGGAAUAGUUCGGCGUACGAGGUACUUCCUACGACACCCGCGAUGACACCGAGGUCGUAACCGAAGAGCACCGAGCCCAUCGAGGCGAAGACGCCGACGAGGAACUAUAGCGCGAAGGAGUUAGCUACCUACGAUUUCUAUCGUGUCGAUUGGCCUUGAUAAUACAUAAUACGCAUACCUGGUAAGUAUGAGGCUUCAUAUUGACAAUAACCGCAUACAGUCGCCCUGGAUAUUCAAUGUCUAGGUAGUUAGGUAGGUAUAUAUGCCAAAGAAGCCGUCCUCCACUUACAAAACGAGGAACCGGAAACAACAAACAACAAGCACCAACUCAAUGAACCAGCACGCGCUCAUCUCGGCCACAAGGCGCCGACAUACUUAUAUAUAUACACUUACCUAUGCACCUACCUCCAAACCCAAACCCAUGGGCCCACCGUGGAGAACCAGACCCCGGAGCUUGAUACUCGAAGGGGACGACGGUUCCCCGUUCCGGGGCUCUGGGGGAUUUCCUUACUGGAGGGAAUACCUACUCCAGUCUCCAGCGCGCCGUACCCCGACGAAGUUCCAUGCGCACCAAUCAGGAACCGCGACCUCGCCAAGGGCCCCCCUAGGAAAAUCCGGGGUCGCGAUGCGGAGAAGGAGGAGAAGAAUUCCCCAGGGGAGGGGGGGUUCGGUGGACCCCCUUGCUCCUCCGCGGGAUGCCGUAUGUGGUGGUGGUGGUGUACGAACACAGGGGAAACACGCCGAGGCACUCUCGUGUCCAGACAAGUGGAAUUCUACGCGAUACAACCUGAUCGGAUCGGCAUGGUACGAUUGCACAUGGGCAGCUGAACGGGUCUACGAAGCGUUAUUGGACGGGAAGACGCAGAGCUGAAGAGCCUGACAUCGAAUGCAACUAUCCUACAAUUCGGCGGCCAAGGUCUCAUUUCCACGAACCAGGUAUCUGGGAAAUCUCGUCUGCAUAGGAACCUAUGAAUCGUUAUAU